UACAGCACAAACAAUGAACACACAGACGCCGUUGUUGGCCUAUCUUCGUUACCAGAAUGGUCGCAUGGAAGAUAGCUUUGAGUCAUUUUCACCUACAGUACGGACCAUUUUAGGCCACAGAUCAACUCGAAACUUCUCUUCCGAACCUCUCGCCCCAAAUACGCUCGAGAUAUUGCUUGCCGCCGGUCAGAGCGCAUCCACGUCUUCGGGCCUACAAACAUGGAGUGUCAUUGCUAUUUCUGAACCAGAGCACAAGGCCGAAGUCGCAACCCUCUGUGGAGACCAGGACUUUAUUCGACAGGCUCCAUUAUUUCUACUCUUCUGUGCAGAUCUGAGUAGAUUGAGCAAGAUUUCGGAGCAAGAAGGCCUACCAGGCAAGGGUCUUGAACACAUGGAUAUGUUUCUGAUGGCAACCAUCGACGCAGCCCUGGCUUCCCAGAACGUUAGCUUGGCUGCUGAGUCAAUGGGCUAUGGCAUUUGUUAUGUAGGCGCAGCCAGAAACAAUGCGCGAGAACUGUCCAAGUUGCUUCGAUUGCCACCACGUGUUAUUGGUCUGUUUGGAAUGGCAAUCGGGAAAGCAGAUUACAGCACUCCGACCUCGAUAAAACCGCGGCUAGAUCAGCAUGAAAUACUCCACCGCAAUUUCUGGGACUCCGACAGACAGGAUGAGCACGUUAUUGCAUACAACAAGACUCUUGGGGACUUUUACGAAAGUCAAGGAAAGGUAAGAAAAGAUUCUUGGUCACGGCAUGCCGCGCAAAAAUUGGCGUCAGGAAACCUAGAUGGGCGCGAGAUGCUUCGAGAAGUCCUUGAAGAACGCGAUUUCCAAUUGAAAUAGGCAAAUUCUUAAGUUCUAUCCAAUAGAAGCAAUGUUACAUAUAUUAAUAAUUCAAGCCUUGUAUGUAAUCGACCAAGGAUUUUUUGUGAGUUCUUUUCUAAAUUAAGCUUUGGAAAUUGACAGGAUUUCAACUUCGUCUUCAAUUAAUAGUAGUUCAAGAAGCGGGCAACGAAAGCUUUGAAAAUUGUAGGUAUGCUUGCCCGAAAUGAC